GUGUUCCCGCGCGCGAGAGGGGCGGGACGGCGCGGUGCCCUCGGGGCUCGCACUCGGUUUCCCGAGGCCCUGGGGCCCGGCGGGACGGCCUGCGGGCGCCUGGCAGUUCUGCCGCCUUCGUCCCGACAAGCGCCGAAGGGAUGACUCAUUUUAAAGAUCCUGAUCUGCGCGUCCCGCACCGACCCCCGGUGCCCUGCCCUGCGGGGAUUUCGAAUUUGACAGCUCCCCCGGCCGGGCGCAGAGAGGGAAAACAUGUUCCUUUCUUUGUGGGAGUUUUUCUAUGGACACUUUUUCCGAUUUUGGAUGAAAUGGGUUUUACGACAGAUGACUGGAAAGUGUGAAUUGCAGCGAAUUUUUGACACCUAUGGAGGUGCACAGAGGACCUACAGAAUAGAAAAUUCCUUGACAUAUUCCAAGAGUAAGGUCCUACAGAAUGCAACACGAGUUGCCGAGAGCGACCUGGACAGGUGCAUAGCGAACAUCAUGAAGGAAAAGAAGAUCUGCCCCGAGAAGGACAGCAGUUUUCAAAUCUGCAUGAGGACAUGCUUACUGCAGAUCACUGGCUAUAGACAGCUCUACCACGACGUAGAAAACGUUAGGAAAAAGCCCUACGAUUCUGCCAAUGCACAGCAUGAGAAGCUGCUCCUCAAGCUUUGGAGUCUUCUGAUGCCAACGAAAAAGUUGAAGGCCCGGAUCUCCAAGCAGUGGGCAGACAUUGGUUUCCAAGGCGAUGAUCCCAAAACAGACUUCAGAGGCAUGGGCAUACUUGGACUGAUCAAUCUUGUGUAUUUCAGCGAGAACUACACCAGCGAAGCACAUCAGAUCCUCUCCCGCUCAAAUCACCCCAAGUUAGGGUAUUCUUAUGCAAUAGUUGGGAUCAAUCUCACCGAGAUGGCUUACAGCUUAUUGAAGAGCGAGGCGCUGAAGCUUCACCUCUACAACUUCGUCCCUGGGGUACCCACAAUGGAGCACUUUCACCAGUUCUACUGUUACCUUGUCUAUGAAUUUGACAAGUUUUGGCUUGAAGAAGAGCCAGAAAGCAUUAUGUACUUCAACUUGUACAGAGAGAAGUUUCACGAGAGGAUCAAAGGACUCUUGAUGGAUUGCAAUGCUGUGCUCACUCUGAAAACAUGAACACCAUUUAUCUUCUCUUUCUACCACCUUUUGCACACGAAACAGAAUUUAUAUGUUAUUAUAGAAAUUAUCUGAUUAACUACACUCAUAUAAUUUCCUACAAAAAUACUUCAGAAACUCUAUUUAAGGAAGCUAGAGGACAAUCAGUGUGUGUUUACAUUCGUUUAUACCCUGUUCUCCAAAGAGCCACACCGUCCAGAGCCACGCCAACUACAGUUUGGAACUUGGGUCUAGUCUCUUAGUUUCAAAAGUAUAAAUCAGGUAUAUUUAUAUUUAGCCAACUGAUCAAAAUGUGCACAAAUCUGUUCUCAUUUUAUGUGCUGUGCUCCCACGCUGGUGUCAUUUAAAACCUCUGCAGGGUUCCUGUUCACUCUGGAAGUGGCUUCUGAAUGCUCUUGGUCUUUUAUCUCUAGGCAAAUCAGCACGGGGUUUCAUCUGAGGCUUUCUUUGUGUCUCUAGCUCUUGUCAAGAAGUCCUAUCCUUAGAGCAGAGAAAGCGUGGCUCUGUCAGGGAGGGUGAACAAUCAUGGCGUCCUUUGAUUUCUCCGGUGCCUGACUAGCAGAAAUGAGAGGAUGGCGGUGCUGGUGACUAGCUUCUUCUGUAUAAGUAGCCCACGUUGGAGGUCUUACUUUAAGGACUCUAGGCAUUUACUCCAGUCCAGUAUUUUCUUUUAUCAGCUGUAGAAGGAACCUUCCUCAGAGCCCCACUGGAGACCCUCUGCCUGUGUGUUUAGAAUGGAGGUGCCUCUACUGGGAAAAUCUUGAUUGCAUUUGAAACAUAGCUUCUUUUUCGAUUAAACUCUCUUUGAAACACAAGAAGAAAACUUAGAGCGUUUUAGACAUCUGUUCCCAAUCAUUGGUGUAUUUGACUUGCUGUUCUCUUUUGCUUACCCUUGCUUUGCCUCUGGUGUUUCUGGCUGAUGUUGUAGGGACCGGGUUAGCAGCCUGUGGGGUGCUACCAUAGCCCGGAUCAUGACUGUGCAUUUUUGUAUAGCUUUAUUCUCCAAAAUCUCAGGAGGGCAGCAAGUACUGUGGAGGGUUAUACGUGAGGAGAUUCUGAUGGGGCGGUUCCCUCUUGGCAUGUGUUAGAGAUUUAUUCCCAGAGCCAAACUAAAAGAGCUUAAAG